AUGGCGGAUAUCGAAAAGGGCAGUAAAACGCCCUCGGAUGUCGAUGGCGCCAAACCCGCUCUGCGCGAGGAUGAGGCGUCGCUUCACCUGGGCGACAACACCGCCAUCCUCCCUGAGGGCCAGGUCGAUCCCGUUUACGAAAAGAAGGCCAAGGUUCUGAAUCGUGCUAUCCAAGAUAUCGGCAUGGGCUGGUACCAGUGGCAGCUCAGCGCGGUCAUCUCAUUCGGCUGGGCGUCCGACAACCUCUGGCCCAUCGUGACCUCUCUCAUCUUCACGCCCGUCAAGAACGAAUUCGGCCCACCACGCCCACCGCUACUAACACUAAGCCAAAACAUCGGCCUGCUCGCGGGCGCGCUCUUCUGGGGGUUCGGAUGCGACGUAUUCGGGCGCAAAUGGGCAUUCAAUCUAACCCUAGGCAUCACGGCCAUCUUCGGCACCGCCGCGGCCGGUUCCCCCACGUUUGCCGCCAUCGGCGUGUUCGCCGCGCUCUGGUCCUUCGGUGUCGGCGGUAAUCUCCCCGUCGACUCGGCCAUCUACCUCGAAUUCCUGCCCGCCUCGCACCAGUACCUCCUGACAGUGCUGUCUGUGGCCUGGGCCAUCGCCCAGGUCAUCGCCACGCUGGUGGCCUGGCCGCUGCUCGGCAACCUCACCUGCCAGGAGACCGACACGACCUGCACGCGCGAGGAGAAUAUGGGGUGGCGGUGGUUUUUGAUCGUCAUGGGCGGGUUGACAGUGAUCAUGUUUAUUGUGCGGUUCGGGCUGUUUACCAUUUACGAGUCGCCUAAGUACCUGAUGGGUAAAGGGCGCGACGAGGACGCUGUGCGCAUUGUGCACGAGGUGGCUAAGCGCAAUGGCAAGGAGACGACCCUGACGCUGGAUGACCUCAAGGCGUGCGAGCCCGCGGGCUAUGUGCACCAGGCCAAGGCCGCGGAUGCUGUCAAGCGUAAGCUGGAGGAUGUUAGCUUUGACCGGGUUAAGGCUCUGUUUGCGACGGGGAAGCUUGCGCUGUCUACGGGGCUGAUCAUGGCUGUCUGGGCGUUUAUCGGUCUUGGAUACCCCCUCUACAACGCCUUCUUGCCUUACAUUCAAGCCACACGCGGCGCCGACUUUGGCGACGGCUCGACCUACCUGACAUAUCGCAACUCGCUUAUCAUCGCCGUGCUCGGCGUGCCCGGCGCCCUGAUCGGUGGUGUUCUCGUCGAACUCCCACGAUUCGGCCGGAAGGGCACGCUGGCCGUAUCGACCAUACUGACGGGCGUGUUCCUGUAUGCCUCGACGACUGCCCUCGAUUCGCAGUCGCUGCUGGGCUGGAACUGCGCGUUCUCUUUUACUAGCAACGUCAUGUACGCCGUCCUGUAUGGUUUCACGCCGGAGCUGUUUCCGACGCCGCAACGAGGUACCGGAAACGCCCUGACGGCGACUUGCAAUCGUGUGUUUGGUAUCAUGGCCCCCAUCGUUGCCAUGUUUGCCGAUCUCAACACGGCCGCGCCAGUAUAUAUCAGCGGCGCCUUGUUUAUUGCUGCUGGGCUUUUGGUUAUUCUGUUGCCCUUUGAGUCGAGAGGCAAGGCCGCGUUGUAA